AUGACUUACGAAGAGAAUCGGUACUGGAAGAAUGUCCUGACCAUCGUACCCAUCAUUGGUGCUGCUCUGGCCACCGUUUCGUAUGUCCUGCGAUUAUAUUCGCGGCGCUUCACCACCGCCGGUCUGAAAGUAGAGGACUGGUUGAUGGGCGUGGGCUUGAUUCUUUCCUACUGCGCAACCGCCUUUGUUGUGGACACCGCAUUCAAUGGCGUGGGUUUACCAGUUAGCUCUCUGCCGGCCGACGAACGGCGACGUAUUCAAUUUGGUUCAUGGAUGAUUCAGAAGUUUUGGGCGCCGUCCGCUGCGUUUGUGAAGAUAUCGAUCGUCGUGUUCCUGAAGCGUCUACUGGGAACGGUGCGCGCGUAUGCAAUUAUCUCGAAUAUCCUGAUUGGCUUUAUUGCCUGUUGGGCUGUCACGGCACUGCUUGUGAACAUUUUUCAAUGUACUCCAGUUCAGUACUACUAUGACAAGGAUCUCAAGGGACAUUGCAUGAGCGGCCAGCGAGCCUUCUUCCAGGCGAUGGGAGCGUUUUCUUUGGUUGAGGAUGUCAUUGUGCUGUGUCUACCCACACCUAUUGUUUGGGGGCUACAGAUUACCUUUCGUCAGAAAAUUGCUGUGACGCUCGUGUUCUCCCUGGGUGGACUGGUCUGUAUAUUCAGUCUGAUGCGUCUGAUUGAGUUCCGUAAUUUCGUCACCACCGACCUGGCUUCCUCAAGCGCCAAAGAAUCCGUCUGGACUUGUCUCGAACUCGAUGUAGCUAUCAUUUGUGGCUGUCUGCCUCUCAUGAAGCCUCUGAUUCAGGGCUUCCUCGGCAAAGUGCGAAGCGGAGUCUCCAAAGCCCGUUCCCACCCGUCAUCCGGCACGAAGCUAUACUUUCCCAACGGCACCACCCACAACAACGAUGGAUUUCGCCAGAUCAACGAUCCGUUGAGCUCCAUGGCCUCCAAGAACGCUCAUAUCGCUGCCGACGAGACUCGAAGAAGUUCCGACGUUGAGCUGCAGGGCAUCGCGGUAACCACCCGAAUCGACCAGGAUAUCGACCGCCCGCGUACCGGAAAUUCGACAGAUGUCUCCGCCGAACACGUGUGGCCACGGUGA